GAGACUGCAGAGGACAUAAGCGAGAAUGGGGAGGGUGAGAUAGAAUGAUAGGAGUGGUUGUAUAGCAGUCUUAGUCUAGCAGCUCACUAUAUGCUGAUGAAGUUCAAGAGAAGGACUUACUCUAUUGUUCUCUCCCAACAAAAAUCUUGGUGCGAGCCUAGUGAAGACCUAUCAGUCUAUAGGAGGCUUGAUAUUACCUAUACAUUUAAGAUGGGCGACCAGGAUGUUUAUGACAGAAUGUUUGGGUCCCAGACAGACGGAGAGAUGGACGAGGAGAAAGAUGGAGAAAGUGAAACGAGGGAGUCGGGGAAAGGCGCUCAGAGUUUCUGCCAGUUCUCGUCCUCUCUGCGUACUGUGUUUCGCAUCAAACAGAAGUACCAGGCCAUGAAGAAACGGCGGCUGGAGUUGGCCGGGCUGGGGGGAGGAGGGCUAGUGUUAGGAGCUGGUCUCCACACUGGUGCCCCUGUUCGCAGCAGCCCCAAAAUCUUCACCUUCGAGACCCCCUCCAGCUCCCCCUCUGCCUUAUCGUCACUCUUCCUAAAGAUGAAGAAGAAGAAGUCGCGGAGGGUCAUGUUCCCCAGUGGAGGAGGGCGCAAGGCCCCCGUCGUACAGGAACACAGCCGAGCAAAGAUCUGCCUCUUCCUCCUCUGCACCAUCCUCUUCUUCCAGGUGUAUAAUGCCAUAGAGAACCUUGACGACCACGUCCUGAAGUAUGACCUGGGGGGAUUAGAGAAGACUCUGUGUAGGGAGGUGUUUGGUCAGCAGGGGGCGAUGGAUGCUCUGUUAGCCCAGCUCAGAGACUACCUCUCUACCUACGUCCACAGUAAACCCCUGGUCCUCUCCUUACACGGACCCAGUGGCGUGGGGAAGAGCCACGUAGGGCGACUCCUAGCUGGCCACUUCCGCUCGGUGGUAGGCGAGCCCCUGGUUCUACAGUACUUUGUGUUGCACCACUGCCCCCUGGAGGACGACGCCUGGCGCUGCGCCCGAGCCCUGUCGAUCUUAGUGUCGGAGACAGUGAUGAGAGCAGAGGAGGAGGAGAAAAUUCCUCUAUUCAUCUUUGACGAAGCAGAGCACCUUUACCCAGAGCUUCUUGAUGCAUUGAGUGACUUGGUCCGUUCAAACCGCUCCAACGAAUACCUGAACGCAGUCUACCUGUUCCUGAGCAACCAAGGACACACCCACAUCACCAUGCACCUGCUGUACAACUCCUCCAGCGACUCCAUGAUGACCGCAUCUGGACACCACGGCAAACUCGUCAAGGAGCUGAAUCCGUUGUUGCGAAACACUCUGGUGAAGCUCCACCCACUGUGGGCAGAAGCUGAACUCUUACCAAUGACCCUGCUGGAGAAAGGUCACGUGAUGGAGUGCUUCCUGGAUGAGAUGACAAGGGAGGGGUUCUACCCAGACCGUACCAACGUUGAGAGGCUGGCGGGGGAGAUAGAGUACUACCCUGUGGUAGGGGGCCACGUGUAUGCCCGGACAGGUUGUAAACAGGUGGUUGCUAGGGUCAACCUGCUAUGAGAGACUUAGAACUGCAGGGGAAUGUUGUGAUUAGAUGAGAGAUGUCUCCUGAGAAAAGACAGUUCUGGUCCAUAGCCUUCUGGUGUUUCUUAUGAUCCACCAAGCAAACAUAACCAACAUUACUAGCCAGGACCCAUCCUUGAAAAACAUUUUUAAAUAAAAGGUGUAUGUCUGAGAA